CAAGAGGUAAAGUUGGUGUGUGUUCCAGGAUGUUCUCCGCUUGUGUCCUGGUGUGGAUCACUGUUCCUGCAUUAAACUGGAUGUUCUCUGUCCAUGUUGAAGGACACACUGGCCUUCAGCACAGACCAAGGCGAGGUGAUGAAUCAAAUAUUCAGACCUUAAAUAUAGAAACUGUUGCUGCUCAUCAUGCUUUUCUCGAAAUGCUCCAAAUUGAGCACAAGCUUGAGGACCAGUUCACGGAUUACACGAGCCUCCAUCCGGCAAACCAGCAGACUAAAAGGCGUCCGGCUUUCAAACCCGGGAAACUGAGGAAGAUGUUCGGCUGGGGAGACUUCCACUGCAGAGUCAAGACUGCGUCCCUGGAUCUUCUUAUCAAAGGGAAGAUUGUGGACCAUGGAAACGGAACCUUCAGCGUCCACUUCCUGUGCAACGCCACCGGCGUCGGGAACAUCACAGUCGGAUUAGUGCCGUCCACCAAGAUCGUGGGGUUCGGGUCGACGCCGCGGGAGGUCAGGGAACCUGUAGAGUCGAAGCUGUUCAACUGCAGGGUGGAGUCGGAGAAGAUGGAGCAGAGCAAGAGGGGCGUGAGGUGCAGUUACGACCCGUCGAAGAGCUGCGAUCAUCAGCAGACACACAGCCACGUCUCGUGGACGUGCUCCAAACCAUUCAAGGUCAUCUGCGUGUACGUGUCCUUUCACAGUGUAGAGUUCAAACUGCUGCAGAAAGUCUGUCCGGAUUAUAACUACCACAGCGACGCUCCGUACGUCCGUUCGGGAUGAUCGGGAGAUAUCGGACAUGUGACAGGACAAAGCCGAGGAGAGUUUUUGUACAAACAUACAAUAAAUACAUUUCUGUAGACGGUUAGUUAAAUUAAAACU